AUGGCAAUGUCUUUCAAGCUUGUGUUUUUUUGCCUUCUGGUAUUAACACAGCCUCUCCUUUUGGUUUCAAGGUACACUGAAGACCAAAGCACAGAUAGGAUAUCUCUCAUUUCCUUCAAAACUGCACUAAAAAACCCUAAAUUUCUUUCUUCAUGGAACAGGACGAGUCAUCACUGUAGUUGGGUUGGCGUUUCUUGCCAACUCGGUCGAGUUGUUUCUUUGGUUCUCUCAACUCAGACCCUUCAUGGCCCACUCUACCCUUCUCUUUUCUCUCUUUCUUCCUUGACCGUCCUUGAUUUAUCCUUUAACCUUCUUUUUGGCGAAAUCCCACAUCAAAUUUCCAAUCUUAAACGCUUGAAACACCUUGCUUUAGGUGACAACCUGCUAUCAGGAGAGUUACCGAGCGAACUCGGCCUGUUGACUCAACUACAAACCCUACAGCUCGGUCCGAACUCGUUCACAGGGAAAAUUCCACCGGAGGUUGGGAAGUUGUCCCAGCUGAACACCCUUGACCUCUCAAGCAGUGGACUCACUGGGUCCGUGCCGAGUCAGCUCGGUGAGUUGAAUGGGCUUCAGUUUUUAGACCUUGGUAACAACCUUCUGUCAGGUUCUCCUGUAACUCUCUUCAAACUUGAAUCUUUAAUAUCCUUAGAUAUAUCAAACAAUUCCUUUUCUGGUCCAAUUCCACCUGAAAUAGGCAACCUUAAAAACCUGUCCGAUCUUUACAUUGGUGUCAACUUGUUCUCUGGUCCUUUGCCACCACAAAUUGGUGAGCUUUCAAGACUUGAAAACUUCUAUGCACCUUCAUGUGCAAUCACAGGUCCUUUGCCUGAAGAAAUUUCCAAUUUGAAGUCAUUGAGCAAACUUGACCUUUCAUAUAAUCCAUUGAAGUGUUCAAUACCAAAGUCUAUAGGAAAAAUGGAGAGCUUGUCAAUAUUGAAUCUUGUUUACUCUGAGCUUAAUGGUUCUAUACCUGGUGAACUUGGGAAUUGCAAAAAUUUGAAGACUUUGAUGUUGUCUUUCAAUUCUCUGUCUGGGGUUCUGCCAGAAGAGCUUUCUAUGUUGCCCAUGACGACAUUUUCUGCUGAUAAGAAUCUGCUUUCUGGACCAUUGCCUACUUGGCUUGGAAAGUGGAACCAAGUGGAAUCACUUUUGCUUUCAAAUAAUAGAUUUUCAGGGAAAAUACCACCUGAAAUCGGGAAUUGUUCGGCGUUGAGGGUGAUAAGUUUGAGUAGUAACUUGCUGGGUGGGGAGAUACCUAGAGAGCUUUGUAAGGCUGUUGACCUUAUGGAGAUUGAUCUUGAUGGCAACUUCCUGACUGGAGCUAUCGAGGAUGUGUUUUUGAAGUGUACUAAUUUGAGCCAGCUGGUUUUGAUGAAUAAUCUGAUUAAUGGGUCGAUUCCGGAGUAUUUAGCGAAGCUUCCAUCUUUGAUGGUGCUUGACCUUGAUUCUAACAAUUUCUCGGGCACCAUACCUGUGAGUUUAUGGAAAUCCAUGAACUUGAUGGAAUUCUCUGCUGCAAAUAAUUUCUUGGAGGGUUCUCUGCCUGUGGAGAUUGGCAAUGCUGUUCAGUUGGAGAGGCUGGUGCUUAGCAACAAUCAGUUAGGCGGUACUAUCCCUAAGGAGAUUGGCAAUCUCACAGCUCUAUCAGUGCUUAACUUGAACUCUAAUAUGUUGGAAGGAAACAUUCCUGUGGAGCUCGGAAAUUCUGCUGCACUCACCACAUUGGACCUGGGAAAUAAUCAGCUCUCUGGGUCAAUACCGGAGAAACUUGCAGAUUUGAUUCAAUUACAUUGCUUGGUUCUUUCUCACAAUAAGUUAUCAGGGUCCAUUCCGUCGAAGCCUUCUUUUUAUUUUCGUGAAGUUAGUAUUCCUGAUUCUAGCUUCUUUCAACACCUUGGCGUGUUUGAUUUGUCGCACAAUAUGCUGUCUGGUCCAAUACCUGAGGAGAUGGGGAACCUCGUGGUUGUGGUGGAUCUCGUACUCAACAAUAACAAGCUUUCUGGUGAAAUUCCAGGGUCACUUUCAAGGUUGCUCAAUCUUACAACCUUGGAUUUGUCUGGAAAUAUGUUAACUGGCUCCAUUCCACCGGAACUUGGCGACUCUUCCCGGCUUCAGGGCCUGUAUUUGGGGAAUAAUCGGCUCUCAGGAACUAUCCCUGGGAGAUUAGGUGGCUUGGGCAGCUUGGUGAAGCUGAAUUUGACUGGUAAUCAGUUAUAUGGUCCGGUUCCUCGUAGUUUUGGAGACUUGAGAGAGCUUACUCACUUGGAUUUGAGCUAUAAUGAGCUUGAUGGUGAGCUCCCUUCUUCUCUAUCAGGAAUGCUGAAUCUUGUGGGGCUUUAUGUUCAGCAGAACCGACUAUCUGGGCCUUUAGAUGAGCUCCUAUCAAUUUCCGUGGCAUGGAAGAUUGAAACUAUGAAUUUGAGUAAUAAUUUCUUUGAUGGAGACUUGCCGCGGUCAUUUGGCAAUCUUUCAUACUUGACAUAUUUGGAUCUUCAUGGAAAUAAAUUCACAGGAGGAGUUCCUCUAGAGCUUGGAAAUUUGAUGCAACUCGAAUAUUUUGAUGUUUCAGGGAAUAGGUUAUCAGGGCAAAUUCCAGAGAAGAUAUGUUCCCUGGUCAAUCUGUUUUAUUUGAAUUUGGCAGAAAACAGUUUAGAAGGACCUGUACCGAGAAGUGGUAUUUGUCUAAACCUGUCAAAACUAACACUUGCUGGCAACAAAGAUCUCUGUGGGAGAAUCAUGGGUUUAGAUUGCAGGAUCAAAAGCUUUGACAGGUCGUAUGUUUUGAAUGCUUGGGGACUUACUGGGAUUGCAGUUGGAUGUAUGAUUGUCACUCUUAUUCUAGCCUUUGCUCUGCGAAAAUGGAUUACGAGAGACAGUGGGCAAGGUGAUGCUGAGGAAAUUGAGGAAAAAAAACUGAACAGUUUUAUUGAUCAACACUUGUACUUCUUGAGCAGUGGCAGCAGCAGAUCGAAGGAACCUCUGAGUAUCAACAUAGCCAUGUUUGAGCAGCCUCUUUUGAAAAUAACUCUAGUCGAUAUUCUUGAAGCCACCAACAACUUUUGCAAGACAAACAUCAUUGGAGAUGGAGGUUUUGGUACUGUAUACAAGGCAACUCUACCUGAUGGCAAAACAGUUGCGGUCAAGAAGCUGAGUGAAGCCAAGACACAGGGUAACCGUGAAUUCAUAGCCGAAAUGGAAACGCUGGGGAAGGUAAAGCAUCAGAAUCUUGUUCCAUUGCUGGGAUAUUGUUCUUUUGGGGAGGAAAAGCUCCUUGUUUAUGAAUACAUGGUAAAUGGGAGCUUAGACCUUUGGCUAAGAAAUCGAAGUGGGGCUCUUGAUAUCCUUGAUUGGCCCAAGCGCUUCAAAAUUGCAACUGGUGCUGCAUGUGGGCUAGCUUUCCUCCACCAUGGAUUCACCCCACACAUCAUCCACAGGGAUAUCAAGGCCAGCAACAUCCUACUUAACGAGGAUUUCGAGCCGAAGGUUGCUGAUUUUGGACUCGCCAGAUUGAUCAGUGCUUGUGAGACUCAUGUUAGCACUGACAUAGCAGGAACAUUUGGUUACAUACCACCAGAGUAUGGUCAGAGUGGGAGGUCCACUAUAAGAGGAGAUGUUUAUAGCUUUGGUGUAAUUCUGCUUGAACUGGUGACCGGGAAAGAGCCAACAGGACCAGAUUUCAAAGAGGUUGAAGGGGGAAACCUAGUUGGUUGGGUGUUUCAAAAGAUUAAGAAGGGGCAGGCUGCUGAUGUUCUCGAUCCAACAGUUCUUAGUGCAGAUUCCAAGCAGAUGAUGCUUCAAGUGCUGCAGAUUGCUGCUGUUUGCCUGUCCGAUAAUCCUGCAAACAGACCUACUAUGCUUAAAGUGUUGAAAUUCCUGAAAGGUAUCAAAGAUGAGUAG